CCCUUAUUCUGUUUGUGAGAUUUGUGACAUCGAAACCUACGCGAAAAUUUAUCGGGAACCGCAGUCGACCGACCGGAAUCCGGGUCCCCUGCUUGUGACCAUGGCUCAGCACAAUGAGACGAACUCGCCGAUUGCGAAAUCGCGUCGACCUGGACCCAAGUCUGAGGAAAAGCCUCGCCUAGAACUGGAUGGAGACUUCGAGGAACCUUCCCACAAGGAAUUCUGGGAAGCGAAGGAACGUGUUGAGAAAGAAGUCGACUGGGCUUCGAUCAUGGAAAACAACAGCAGGACACCUCAAAAAUCAGGAGAUUUGAAACGCAAGAGAGAGGGAGCGACAAAGGCCGGAAGAGAGGAUCGGUUGGAGACCGAUCCGGAGGUGCUCGCUCGGAGACAGAAACAAAUAAACUUCGGGAAGUCCACGGAAGGAUAUAAGAGAUAUAUCGAGCUGGUGGCGCGCGACAAGAGAACAUCUUGCCAUCCCCAAACCCCGCAGAAAGAGUUGAAGUACAGCCGCCGCUCUUGGGACAUGCAAGUGAAACUCUGGAGACGAGCUCUCCACGUAUAUGAUGAGCAAUGAUGGGAGAGCCUCCGUUUCGUCUGAGGACGGUAGAAUUUAAAAUGUAUGAGUAU